CCCCCAGCAGGCUAGGCUGCGCGGGGCCGCGGGCGGCGGAGGCAGGUGCUGGGGCUGCGGGCAGGUGGCGGCGCGCCGCGGGCCGGCGCUGACGGCGGCUGCAGGCAGUGGCUUCUCCAUUUCGGAUGUUUGGAAGCCCCAUGGAUCCCCAACCGUAACCAUGGUGACGCGGGUGGAGGUGGGCUCCAUCACGCCCCUGCCCGGAGUGCCAAGCCUCGGUGACAUCGCCAAGGAGACCCUGACGCGGACCUGCUUCUGCCAGGCGGGCGACACGUCCGGGGCCCCCUCGGCCAGCCCCCUCCGGAGCCACACCCGCUUGUUCCCCUUUGGGACCACCCUCGCCGCCCCCAAGCCCUUCUCCAGGGAGAAGGCCCCGGCCGGGAAGUCCCCGGGGCCCGGCCCGGCCAGGCCCUCUCCCUCCGGCGGGUCCCCCCAGGCGGCCGCGGCGGCCAGGGACCCGGGCGAGAAGAUGCCCGGCCUGGGGGGGCAGGAGGCAGGCGACGGGGGCCCCCGGAGAGGCUCGUCCGUGUACCCCAAGGCCCCGUGCCUGCGGCCCAGCACCCUGAUCCUCUUCGAAACCUCCAAAGCCGGCCCUGCCCUGGGGAAGGGGCUCCGGGAGGGGGCCGGCGUGUCUCAGGACUCCCCCUGGGGCCCGAGGCCUGAAGUGGCCGCCAAGCCCGCCCUGCCUGCCCGGAGGCCCGGGGGGACCCAGGACAGCAGGCUGGCCGCCCCCCGAGAGGACGCAGGCCCCGGUGAGCCCCUGCCCAAGGCCAGCGGCAGCGGGGAGGUCGCGGGCAGCCCCCCCUCGGUGGAGCCCCGGCCUCUCCCCAAGAGAAGGCCCGUGUCGGCUGUUUUCACCGACGCCGUCCAUCCUCAGCGGCUGGGCCCCGGCGGGGCGUCCGCGGCAGGGAAAGCACCCCCCGCCCCGCCCGAGAAGACGUGGGUGAAGAGGCCCCGGCCGGUGUCCAUGGACCUCACGGCCCCCUUUGAGAGCAGAGAGGCCCUGCUGAGGAAGGCUGCGGGCGAGGCCGCCCCAGGGCCCCCCAGCCAGCGCCGGGGGCCCGAGAGGCCCCCCCCGAAGCUCCCCGUGGACGGGGAGAGUCUGGUCGAAGCAGAGGCGCCCCCCGCUGACGCCGACUCCGACUUCCUGGAGGUGACCAAGAAGAUCCACGCACGGAGGGAGAAGUGGCUCUCCAAGCAGGCCGAGCUGGGCGGCCUCAGAGCCGACGGCCGGAAGCCCGAGGGAGAGAAAGCCAGGCUGGAGGCAGAGCCAGAGAAGGCUCCCGAGUCCCCUUCGCCCAGGCCGGGCGGCCACGGCCGAGAAGCGGCGGAGGGCAGGAGCGGGGCGUCCAACGGGGAGGCCCGGGCCCCGGGGGAGUGGGUCUCCAGGGGCAGCGUCAAGAAGCGCCGCAGCCUGUUCGAGGAGGAGGGCGCCUCGGCCUUGGCAGCGGGGUCUGAGCCCCCCGCACCGGCCGCCCCCGAGUCCCCCUCGGCUGCUCCAGAGCCCGAGAAAGCGGGGCUGAGCGUCCGGGAUCGGAUCAGAGGCUGGACCGCCGAGAGCUCCAAGGUCAAGCCGGAGGUCAGGAGGAGGGCGUUCCAGGCUCGGCCGCAGUCGAUGGAUUUGACCAAACUGUUUUCGAGUUCAGCUUCAAGCAGCGACGUCAAGUAUGAGAGGUGCCCAGAGCCCAGUGGCGAGCUGGCUAAGGAGCCGAGAGAAAAGCAAAAGGAAGGGCCUGGCGUGGACGGAACACCUGCUCCCAGGAGCCCCUGGAAGCCUGGGCCGCCCCGGGAGAAGGCCGGGCCGGCCCCGCGGAAGCACAGCGCUAACCAGGUCCCCGGCAGCGGCAGCUGUCGCGGGGCAGGCUCGGCGGGGGCCCCGAGCUCCCCGGACGGCACCCCGGAAGACGAGGGGACUUUCCAGACCGUCAGGGCCACCGUGUUUGAGCACCACGUGGAGAGACACACGGUGGCCGACCAGUCGGGACGCUGUCCCUCGGCCACACCGCCCGGCGCCGCGGCCCACGUCUCGGAGCCCCGGCCCAGGCCCGAGACAGGCUCGUGGCUGGCGAAGGACCUUCCGGAAAAGACGAUCCUCAGGAGAGAGAACUGGAGGUGGUCGGAGAUCCCCGAUCCCGAGAGAGCGGGACGGACCCCCCUCGUGAACGGGGACCCCAAACAGCACCACACGCCUCUGCCGGGGGGGUCCCCCGGGGAGCGCAGCAGUCACCCCGCCCUGCAGGGCCCGGAGCACCCGCCCAGGUCGCAGAGGGUGGAGCCCAAGGUGGACGUGAUGCACACAGCGGGGGAGCGAGCGCACAGCGAGGCCGUCCCCGCGGCGCCCGAGGAGAAGGCCCUGGAGCUCCGGAGCGGCGGCGGCGUUGGCGGCAGGGCCCGGCCAUCGCUGAGGGGGCGGCCGCCGCCCCCCGACGCCGCCCCUGCCGACCCGGAGCGCAGGCCGCACCGCCCGGCGGGCUCCGUCCAAAGGGCCAGUCUGAUCUGGGAAGCCCGGGGCAGUCAGGAGGCCAGCGGGCCCGCCCCGGGCCCCCGAGAGCCACAGGGCACCUCGGGGGGCAGCAGCCUGUCGCCCACGCGGAGUCGGGGGCCGGCCGGGAACUGGCACAGAGCCACCCUGGUGGUCAGCGAUGACAGCGGCUCGGCAGCCAGCCCCGAGGCCACCGCCAGCAGCCAGGCCCAGCGCCAGGGGCCCGAAGGGGCCAGAAACAAGCCCGGAGUCUGUGCCUCCGAGGGGGAAAGGCCUGCCCCGCGCGGCUGCCCCCCUCCCGACGCUCCCUCCAGAGCCGCGGACGAGCCCUCCGACCCCCUCCGAGCGUGGCCACCCCCGCAGGGGCCCCUGCAGAAAGGGGCUCCGGCCCCCGAGCCUCAAGUCCGGCUGCGGAGGGGCAGCCCCGGGGACCAGCGGUUCGACAAGUGGAGGCGGCGGACGUUGCCCCACGACGUGAAGUUUGAGGAGUUCAGCUUCCCGCCUGCGGAGGGGGAGCCGCCACGCCCCGAUCACCGGAGCCCCAGCGCAGGCGGGAGGAGGCCUCAGCCACCCCUCAGCAGGGUGGAGGCCCAGGAGGGGGACCCGGCUCUCCCGGCCGUGAGGCCAGGGCCGUCCGGGGAGCCCAGGGCCACUUUUUUCGCAGUGACCUACCAGAUUCCCGAUGCUCAGAAAGCAAAGGGUGUUGUUAAGCCCGGGCCCGGAACCCUGACGGACCCUUCUAGAAAAACAGCUCCGCCUCCCUCGCCUCAUCCUUUAACCAUGGUCUCUCCCAAGCCCGAGGAGCCGCUGGAGACCGCGGGCAGUAAGAGCCGGGCGCAGGCCAGGGAGCCUGACAACGCCAGCCUUUCCAACGCUCUGAAGCCAGCCGAUGUCUCGUCGCCUCCCGGGGACAGGAUUCUGGAUCUUUCCACCGCAAGGAUCUCCGACGCAGACGCCGUCUGGGUCCAUCGGCGACCAGAAGGCCGCGCCGGGUUUCAGAACGACUGGAGGGGAGGUGGGAGCAGGACGCCCCCCGGCGGCGCUCCCCAAACCAUCCCUGCUUUCCCGAAAGCCGGGGACCCCCCCGUGAGGAGGAGGAGGGAGAGGGUCAGCGAGACGUCCCGGGACAGAGUCACCCGUGGCUACAGGUCCAGCGUCCUCGACAUCGACGCCCUGAUGGCCGAGUACAAGAAGCCGGAGGCCCCGGAGCGGACGGAGGGGCCGCCCGCAGAGCCCGGCUGGGCCCAGGAGCGGCCAGGCCAGCGAGGCGGGGCGGACCGGAGGCGGAGGAGCCUCAAGGAGGGGCCCGAAGAUGAGGGUCCCCGGAGACAAGCCAGUUUUGCUGAAACAAACCACGGUUCUAGUCCAGCCUCCAGCAAGCAGCUGGCCGAGACCCCGGGGGCCGCCAUGAGCCCCAAACUCAGCUCUCCUCUGUGGGCUCUGCCGCCCGGGGCUCCCGAGAAACAGCCAGCGGCCUCCCCCGGCCCCGGGGGUCCCGGGAAGAGGGUCUCGGGAGCCGCUGAGGACGAAGCCAAGGCUUUUGCUAGUAAACAUCACGGUGCGAAGCAUCAGGACCACCCAGCCGCCUGGGAGGACCCCAGCGGCCAAGCCGGGGUAUUGCCCAAAUCCUCCCCAGCGGACAAGAAGAAAGGGACCCCGAGGAAACCCGCCGGGUGUGGAGAGGAGGGCCGUGUGGCCCAGUGGGGUGACCCCCCGCCGUACGGCAGGUCACCGCUGGACGUCAAAAGGACCUCUUCGGAGAAGGGUGCCCCUGCCAAAGUCCAAGAGGGCCUGUCCAUCCUGCAGGAAGCCAGAGAGAGGCGGCGAGAGCAGCCCAGAGGGAGGCCCAGCCUCCCCGGGGAGAGCUCGGAGGCCAAGGAGGCCAAAACGGGGCCCUGUCGGCGGGACUCGGGGACCCGAGACAGCCCGAAGGUGACGUCUCGAGACCUGGGGAGGGAGGAGGCCCUCCAGGACAGCGACCCGCCCCUCCAGCAGGUGUCCCCUGUGGGCCUGGGCCCCCGGAGGAGCCACAGCUUCUGCAAGGACAGGAGGAGCGGGGCCUUCGUGGAUCAGCUGAAACAGUGCUUCUCCCGGCGGCCCCCCGAGGCCAAGGACACUGACACGCUCGUGCAGGAAGCCGACAGCCAGUAUGGGACGUGGAGGGACCAGCCCCAGAGCGGGGAGAGCGUGGGCCCUGAGUCUCCGUCCCCAGACAGCAGUGGCGCGUCGGCGUGGAAGCAGCCCUCCAGCAGCCGCUUGUCCUCCCUGUCCUCCCCCACGGAGGCCACCUCGGCCGGGGACCAGCAGGACUGCCCCAGGGACCAGCGGAGCGCCAGCGAGGACCGCUCCAGCACUGACCUGGAGUCCACGGAGGGGCCGCCCCCGCCAGACGCCUGCUCCCCAAAGAAAGUAGAUGACUUCUCCUUCAUCAAUCAAACCUCAGUCCUCGACUCCAGUGCCCUCAAGACCCGGGUGCAGCUCAGCAAGAAGAGCCGCCGCCGGGCGCCCAUCUCCCACUCCCUCCGGCGCAGCCGAGUCAGCGAGUCGGAGAGCAGGUCUCCGCUGGAGGAGGAGGAUGACACCAUGUGGAUGUUCAAGGACUCGACAGAAGAGAGAUUCCCCAGGAGAGAAGAGUCCGACGAGGAGGAGAAGCGGUCCGAGAGGUCGCCCGGCAGCCAUCCCCAGAGGAUGCCCGUGUUUCCGGGCAUCGACCCAGCUAUGCUCAAGGCGCAGCUGCACAAGAGGCCGGAGGCGGACAGUCCCAGCGAGACCCCCGGCUGGGCCCCCCAGCCCAAGACCCCCAAGUCCCCCAAGUCCCCCUUCCAGCUGGGCAGUCGUGUGCUGCCCACCAGCGUUGAGAAGGACGAGAGAUCAGGAGAGACCUCCCCCCAGUGGCUAAAGGAUCUGAAGUCUAAGAAGAGGCAAAGCCUUUAUGAGAAUCAAGCUUGACCAGGGCUCUCCCUCCCUCUCCAGGCGGGGACACCGCCACGUCUGAAGAACAGAAGCCUUAACUGUCAGCCCCCCAGGACGAGGCCACGCUGCCGCCGCCCCCUCCCGCACAGCGGCCACCCGCCCGGGCCCGCCUGCCGGUCAGUGCAGACGCUGUCGGUCCGGGCUCCACCCCCGAAGGCGCUCAGGAUGGACCCGAUCGGACCGGACCUGCACGCCUGCCAGACGGCACUGCAGGCUGGGAAAGAAGCCAGGCCGCCCGGAAGUGUCCCCGUUGGCAGUUCUGUCGUGGUUUUUUUUAAUGUAAAAGUGCAUUUCUGCCCACGUAGGCAGCAGCUCCCGGAGCACGGGGCGGUUCUGGAAAGCUCCUGGCCUGGGAAGCUCUCCUCCCCUCCCGGGGCAGGUCUUCCCCCGAGGACUCUCCGAGUUUCCUGUUUUCCUGCUGGUGUGGUGGGCGGCACCGGGCCAGGCGUCCAGAUUGCAUUUCGGCCAGUCCCCCCCCCCCUCGGAGGCUCAGAAGUCCCGAUGUGAAGCGUCCCCUUCCCGUGUCGAUCCUCCCACGGGGCUGUGCGCGCAGCUGACCUCCUCUCCCGCGUGUCCCGUGUGUUUGCUUCCGGAGGCGACAAAGCAAUAACGCAGCCAGCUUGCCCUCGAACGCGCACGGGUAUAUGAUACAGUUUUCACAUAAAGGAACGGGAGGGGAGAGGCGUGGCUGCUGUGCCGGGAGCAUCUGAUCAUCUCAGGUUAUCUUGUCCCCUAUCCGAGCUUUUUGUAAAGGCUCUGAUGGCCACCCCUGCGUACAGCUCCCUGGCGUCUCUCCCCUCUGAACUCUGGUUUCGGCGGAGGGACAAGCCGCAGCCCCUGGCAGUGCCUUUCCCGCCGCCUGGCGUUUCCCUGGCGUUGGUGUCCAUCGCUGCCUGCGCUGAGGGAGGAGCCGGCCCGCAGUGGCCUCGCCGAGCAGAGGCAGGGACCAGGGCUCUUGUGUUUCUCCUCACCCCUUCCUCGUCCCCGCCUCUCCCUGCACCCACCAGGUGAAGGGAGGGGGUCGCGCUGAAAGCCCUCUCGGCAGGGAGCCCCCAGGCCAGGGCGCAGACAGCGCGCUGGGUGCUGGGGUCGGAGCGGAGUUCACCUGCCUCUCUCCCUCGCUGUCUCUCCUCCGUCCCCUCCUCUUGGGCAAUCCUCCUCCACACCGGCCCCCUCCCCCUGCGAAACCCAAGGCCCCAGCAGACGUCCCAGAGGUGCCUGCUGGCCACCUGCCAUGCCUGGAGUCGCCAUAAACUGUGUGCCAACCUUCCCCGGGAGACGCCCUUGGCGAGAGGGAUGUCUGGGCAGCCCCCAGGGCGGCCGGUGGUGCCGAGGGGCCCUGGGGCUUCGUCCCCCCGCCUCCAGCAACUCCCCGAACGGCGGAGCUCUCCAUAAAUCCCGUUAUAUCCCUCCCUCUUCCCAGCCACCUCUCCAGGAGCCCUGUGUCCGCUCGUCGCUCUUUGCAUCGUCUUCCCUCCACCUCCCUCUCAGCCUGUGCCCCGGGGAGCGGCUGGCCGCCGCCCGCAGACAGUGACCGGAGCCGUCUUCCCUGAGUCCUGCAGCCGAGCUUGGCCGCUUCCCGAGGGCGCUGGCUGGACCCUGCCCUCCCCCCUCUCCCCCCCUCCUGUGGGUCUGGAGCCUCGUGCGUCUGUGUGUGGAGGUCCGGCCCCGCUCGAUCAUAGCUGUGUCCCCUUCGUUCCCCGAGGAAGUGGUUGGCCCGCUCUCUCUGGCCUGUUUGGGGGGUUUAUUUCCUCCAAGAACGCCUGGGUGACUUGUUGCUCCUGCUUUUACAAUAGCGUCGAUGUGGUGGCUCUCCCGGUCAGGAGGCUCCCCUUGGGGCCCUGCUCACUCCUGUCUCAGCUGCUGCUCUCUCUGUCCUUCUGAAGGCGGGAGGGGCCCGCACCGUCCCCGGCAGUCAGUAGGAGUGGCCCGUUCUGUCCAGCGAGGGUAGCGCACUCACCACACGCCACCCUCAGUUCGGAAUUAGUCCUGUUUUAGCCCAGGUCUGCCUGACAGGAAAGAAAAACGCUCAAAAGGGAGAUCUUUUGCCUACCCUAUCCUCCCCCUUCCCCCCAGCCCCCAAUCCCUCCCGCUGGAACUAAAAGUCCAAACCGAUUCCGUGGUGACUGAGACACACGGACUCCACCCCUUUCAGAGGACGGGAGCGGACCCUGAGCAUUCUCCCACCCUUUUCUCUCUCCUGCGGCCUCCUCUCUCCACGCAGAGCAGACAGUCACCGUGGGUCAGGAGGGCCCACCAGCGCCGCCCCCCCCCCCCCCCCCCCCCGCCUCAGGAUCCCCUGAAGGUUAGAGGAUUGACGUCCAAUCCUGUGCAGACAGACGGCUGGGCCAGUGGGGUACGUGCGUCUCCUCUUCCUAAGCUGGCUGAGCUCUUUGGGGGCAAAGCACGGGUUUGUAUUUUAGUUUCUCGAGUGAGCCUGGGUCAUCUUUGGAAACCCUGUCUCCUUUCACACUAACUGAAUAUGCCUUAAUCGUCUGUAUGCAACCAAGCUCCUGCCCUCCUCCCCCUCCUCCCCUGGCCGCUGGCUCUCCUCAGUGAGAGUCUUGCACAGAAAGCCACUCGCUAUGGAUGCACCGUCUCCGCCACCUCUCUCCUCCCUCCCGCCCCCACCUCCACACACGCCCUUUGACCCUUUGCGCAUCUGCCCCUUGGCCCACGGCCUCUUGACGAGGCCUCUGGCCUGUGAGCUCCCCGCUCGGCCUCCGGCGUCAGUGCUGCGGGGAGGGGCUUGGUGCCGCCAGAGGAGCGCUGUGGCCGGAGACCUCGCGGAGUCUGGGGUGCUGGGGAUGGCAGCCUCGGGGUGUCUGGGGUUUGGGGCAACGACAAUCACAUGGGGAUGUUUCCCGGGCGGGGGGGGGACACAUCCUGUGCUCUUGGACAAAUGUGCAUCCCGGGAAGUGAGGCCAGGUAUUGCGAGGGAGAGACUAGACGAGGCCCAGGCCUGAGAUCCUUCUAGUAAACCUUCAGAGACUGUGCCAGGGAUUUAGGAAAACCCUUGGCAUGAUUUCUCCAAGGAGCUGCCCCGCUGGUGCCGAGAGCUGCCUUGGCCAUUCCCGCUUUUCCAUUUCCCACCAGGGCACCCGGUUGCCCCAGGCUCCGGGCAUAACCGCAAAGCGAAAUGCCCACGGGGUGGGGGCGGGCGGGCGGGUCGCCUGCGGAACGAAAUGCUUUCUUAAAGGCGACUCGGGCCCACGGGGAAGACGGCGUCCACCACGGAGAGGGCUCUGCCCCCAGCCCCUGUGCUCCCUCCCACGAAGCCCAGGAAGCUGGACAUCAGCCGCCUUUGUGUGAACUAGCAUUCGGGGCGGGCCUGCGGGGCGGGGGGUGGGGAGAACAGCGCUCUCGGUGGGACACUCCAGCUCCCCCUUGGGGCCGGGGCAGGCCCUUCCUGGCGGACAGACUGCCUCUCCUCCCGGGGAUAGACUGCCUCUCCUCCCGGAGCAGCACCCGCCGACCGGACAGGCACUUCCGGGCCAUCGGCGGUGUCCACAGAAGAACUUGAGCCUUUUUUAACGAUCUCACUCCACAUGGCCUUACCGAUCCUGUAAACAGGGGGCUGACCAAAGUACUAUAUUGUGUUUCGGACGACCUUUUGUACCGGGCUGUUUCCUAAAUCCAACCGAUAUUCCAGAAGUCAAGCACUUCCCACCUGAUUGUGAUCCUGGAACGCUUUGUAAGCCCGGGGGAGUGGAAAUCCAUAUACAUAGACUGUGUGUUUUCCUAGCCUUUCCUCCGACCCCCUCACCAGAGGGGUGAGUCACGACAGAGGGCACCCCGGUCGGGGGCGCAGGGAAGUUAAGCUCCUGCCCGCUGGCAUCCUCGCAGUGGCCUUAGAAUCUGCCAGCCCCGGAGUUCCGCCCGGGAGGAGGCGAGAGGCACUUUAUCCAGCCCCGGAGGGAACCUCGAACCCUGUACCUGACAAUUCACCCAGAAAAAAAGCCUUUAUUUUUAACGUCGAAACCACGGGGCUCCCCGGACCUCCCCGAGCAUUGGACUUCGACAAGUGCUUUUAUAUUUUGUAACUGUAAAGAGUUUCAUACGCGCUCCGAGAGCAGUUGGGAAGCCGCCAGCUGCCCCCAUACGAGGUGACCUUUGCAUGUACAGAGAUGUUGCAUUCAGACCGUGAACACGGAAAUAAAGCUUUGGUGCAGGUUUGCACCGCAGAA